AUGUCGCAGACCAAAAGCGACCACUGGUCUUCGGAGUCCUAUCAGAAGUCAGCGUCUUUCGUGCCCAAACUAGCGACCAAGAUCCUCCAAUGGCUUGACCCCAGGCCGGACGACAUCGUCCUAGAUAUUGGAUGUGGCGAUGGAGUAUUGGACCUAAAGAUUGCGGAGAUACUCUCUCAGGGCAGUGGUAGAAUCUAUGGGACGGACUCGUCCCCAGCCAUGAUCAAAGCUGCUGAGAAAACUGCUCAGGGGCUAGGCGUUACACAGUGUACUUUUGAAGUGGUUGAUGCACUCGACAUUGCUAGGACAUCAUCAAUUGAAAAAGCCUCUUUCAGCAAAGCCUUCUCCAACGCGGCCAUGCACUGGAUUCUCACCUGCCCUCAGUCCAGGAAAGAGGACUUUUUCGCUGGAGUCAGAGACGCCCUCGUACCAGGUGGCAUCUUUGCUUUCGAGAUGGGUGGCCUUGGUAACGUGUCAGAGAUGCGUGCCGGUCUCCUCAUGGGCGUGGCGCGGCGCGUCGGCAUGCAGAAGGCGCUGCAGGCGGACCCGUGGUUCUUCCCUGACGAGAAAUGGGCGACGGAAAUCAUGGAGCAGACGGUGGGGGGAUGGAAAGUGGAGAGAGUCGAGAGGGAGUGGCGGCCCACGCCAGCUGACGAGGGUGGCGUAGAGGGGUGGGUGAAGCUGAUGGGCAAGCGGUUCUUCGAGGUGGUUCCGGAGGAAGAAAGGGAGGAUUGUAUUAACGAGGUUGUCGAGGUUCUGACUGAGGUGUGCCGCAACCCAAGUGGUGGCUUCACAUUCGGAUACGUCAGGUUGCGGGUACUGGCCAGGAAAUUGUAA